AUGUUGCCAAUUCCGAGCCUUCUAUCCCAACCAUCCUCUCGCCCAUAUCGACCAACUCCAACCCCGAUAUCCCCACAAAAAUUCAACCCGGUCUCUACCCCCCGCCGCUUCAAACGUACAUCCGCCACGUCUCCAACGCCAAAGCCUAAAUCGGAUCCCUCGGAGGUCUCCCCUCGCCAAAAGCCCUUCUCUGAUGCCAAUAUCAAAGCCAUCUUUGGCCCCGCCAAGUUCAACGCAAAACUAGGAAACCGUAUCCUGGCCGUCCUGCACGGUCACCGUCUGAGCGGCACGCUCGAUGCAGACUUGCCAAUUGACAUUGCCCGCGUUACCACCAAGCAGCACAUUGACAAUGCUUUGGAAUGGCUCCGCGAUGAGUACCCCAUCGAUGAGGAUGCCGCUAUCUUCGCCCGGAUUGAGCGUGAGGAGCGCGCCGCGGAAGAGAUGCUCGUGCGCCGCGCGGAGAAGCUAGGCUUGUAUAAGCCGCAGAGCGGUUCUUAUGAUGCUGAGCUCGGUGAGGAGGGGUCUCCUUAUGGCAAGAGUGUUUUGAAAGAGGCCCGCGAGAGGAAUGAGAAGCGCUUGUUGGCUGAACAAGAACGGAAACGGCAGGAGUGGCUCGAUGGUGAGAAAGAAGAACACGAACGGUUAAAGCGGGAAUUUGGGAAGAACACUUCCCUGCAGCAGUACCAGGAGGCUGCGCUCACGGAGGCUCGUCCCCGUGCGGAUCCUAUCGAGAGGCCGUAUCUCGCUUGGGUCCAGAAGCAUCAUAUUGCCGCUACCAAUGAGAGUCCUGAGUCGAUGAAUAUCACCAAUUCUCAGCGUCUGCUCGCUCCGCUUCUGUUCUCGAUCGUGGUUCUCGCCCUUUGCUAUACUUUGGCUCAGAAAUAUGAGCUCCCAGCACGAAAGGACCGCAUCAUGCCGGAUGUGCCCCCUGCUGUGGCUACUGUGGGCGUUAUUGUGGCAGCUAACGUUGCAGUCACAUUGCUAUGGAAAUACAUCCCCCCCGCGUGGAAACUGCUCAACCGUUACUUCGUGAUUGUGCCCUUCUAUCCCAGCUCACUGGGUAUGAUUGGAAGCACAUUCAGUCAUCAGACAUGGAGACAUCUUGGGACUAAUAUGAUGGUCCUGGGACUUAUGGGAACCAGAGUCCACGAUGAAAUUGGCCGUGGAAACUUUUUGGCCAUCUACUUCGCGUCCGGUGUCAUGGGAUCUGUCUUCUCAUUGACACGUAGUGUCAUCUUCGGCCGCCUGGGCAUGACCUCCCUUGGAGCCAGUGCUGCAACUAGUGGUAUCGUCGCCGCAUGGUGCAUGUCUCACUUCAAUGACAAACUCACCUUGUGGAUCCUUCCCCAGGGGCUCCAAGAGCAGAUUUGGACAUACGGCUGGGUCUUCCUUGCCUGCCUAGUUGGCACUGAGGUCUUCAGCUUGCUAGCUCCCGCGUUCUUAUUCCGAGCUUGGCCCCUCUCUCGGCUGACCAAGAUGGACCACGCUGCGCAUCUAGGGGGGUAUGUGACUGGUGCCGGAUGUGGAUACACCCUCCUACAGAAAAAGAAGGAGCGUGAGAGAAAGGCAAGACAGUCAAGGUGGAUCUAA